AUGGUAGUACUUAGACGUCAUGCAAAUGAAAUAAAAUUACUGAAACAAUCCACUCUAAUGGACAACGAAAACUGGCGAAACAAUUUUAAAAAACAGCAGGCUACAAUUUUAAGCGAAAAAGAAGCUGAGAUGCACGAACUAUUUAAAAGAGAUAGAGAUAAGCAUAUCGAUGCUGUCAUAGAAAGGUUGGAAAACGAGGCAAAUGAAAAUAAGCUUCAACUAGAGAAAUCCACAGAAAAUCGUAUAAGAUGUGGUGUUAUUUACAAACAUUCCACCAAACAUGAUCACGGACAUUAUAGAAUUACAUUGGAACUUUAUAAAAGACUACACGACAUUAUCCAAGCGCAAUUUUUUGCAAAUCCUUACAAAUCCUUUCCCACACCGAUGGGCCCUUGCAUCGAUUGA